GCAUUACAGUCAGAGCUGGUGAACUUGUUGAAAGCACAACUGUAUGUUGGAGUUCUCAAUGGUACUUCUAUAAUAAGAAUGACAAACGUGUAGGAUAAAAGCGUGCACACAUUGAUAAAAUGACUUCUUUAUCUGUUGAAGAGUCAUCUGAUUGAGAAAAACAUAGACACACACAAAAAAUUGGAAAUUUAUAUUCUUAUUACUCUGCUGCACAAAGAACUUGGUGCAUGCGCUGUUGAUGAUCUGACUGCCGCAGUAAGAGCGUAGCAGGUGAAGCUGGCUGUCAGUGUUGUAGAGAACAACCUGUAUGUCUCUACUGGGUGAUACUUAACCGAGAGACAGCUGAUGACACCGGUAACUAUAUUCAAGAAGUUUUAUUAAUUGGACAAACUGUAACAACGUUAUACUAUAUUACCUCACGAAACGAUGUGGUUUCCAGCAAAAAUGUAUAUUUUGUGUUAACAGUCAUGUGUAUGAGAAAUAGCUCUUGAAGAUUAAUCAUUACACAUAUACUUAUUAUUUUACUUGACUGUUCUCGGGUGAUGCCUAAAAUGAAUACUUAUUCUACCCAACUGAUACACAUACCACAAAAAAAGUUACCUUAAGGAGGCAUUAUGUCGACGCUGAGCCAUUCGGAGAGAUCGGUGUCAGAGGUCACUGGACUAGCGCCCACUCUUAACCCUGACGAAGAUUGCAUAAAAGAAAGAAAAUGGUGGUGUUUUCUUUUAUCGAGUAUUUUCACCUUUCUUUUCGGCUUGAUUAUUAUAUUAUUAUGGCGAGCUUUUGCUUUCUUAAGCUGUCGGAAAGAAGGAUCGGGGCCCUGUCACCAACAUUCUGCAAUCAAACACCGACAACAACCGCAAGGUCCUAUACCUGGGCAACUAGGAAGCAAAAUUUACCAGACAACAGAGAUCGGUUUCAUGACAGAAGCAAAGGAUUGGGCGGGAGAACUAAUAUCUGGCCAAACCAACACAGGAAGAAUCUUGGUGGUGCUGGUGUUUUUUCUCAGUAUAGCGUCUCUGAUAAUAUAUUUUAUUGAUGCCUCGACCACCGGGGAUCCUACAAACGGGAAAGGAGUAGAGAAGUGUGAGCUAUGGUCAACCAACACCACUCAACAGAUAGACUUAGCACUAAAUAUAUUUUUUAUGGUCUACUUUUUUAUACGUUUUAUAGCUGCAAGCGAUAAACUAUGGUUCAUGCUUGAAUUAUAUUCUUUUGUGGAUUACUUCACCAUUCCACCGUCCUUUGUCUCUAUUUAUCUCGAUCGCACGUGGAUAGGCCUAAGGUUCUUAAGAGCGUUGCGGCUGAUGUCGGUGCCUGAUAUUCUGCAAUACUUAAACGUACUCAAGACGAGUAGUUCCAUACGGCUGGCUCAGUUGAUUUCCAUAGUUAUCAGCGUGUGGUUAACGGCCGCGGGAAUAAUCCACCUGUUAGAGAACUCUGGUGAUCCUCUAGACUUUGACAAUGCCCACAAUCUAUCCUAUUGGGAAUGUGUCUACUUUCUUAUUGUCACGAUGUCCACUGUGGGCUACGGUGAUAUCUUCUGUAAAACGACACUAGGAAGGGCGUUCAUCGUGUUCUUCAUCUUAGUAGGUUUGGCAGUAUUUGCUAGCUGUAUUCCGGAAAUCAUCGACCUGAUUGGCUCUCGACCAAAGUAUGGUGGAACAUUUAAAUCCGAAAGAGGAAGAAGGCACAUCGUCGUAUGUGGUCACAUUACCUAUGAAUCGGUUUCCCACUUUCUCAAAGAUUUUCUUCACGAAGAUCGUGAAGAUGUGGAUGUGGAAGUUGUCUUUUUACACAGAAAACCACCAGAUUUGGAGCUCGAAGGUCUGAUAAAAAGGCACUUCACCACAGUGGAGUUCUUUCAAGGCACGGUUAUGAAUCCUAUCGAUUUACAACGAGUAAAAGUUCAUGAUGCCGAUGCAUGUCUGGUUCUGGCUAACAAAUAUUGUCUUGAUCCUGAUGCCGAAGAUGCAGCAAACAUCAUGCGUGUGAUUUCAAUAAAAAACUAUUCUGAUGACAUUAGGGUUAUCAUCCAGUUGAUGCAGUACCACAACAAGGCUUACCUCUUGAACAUUCCCAGUUGGAACUGGAAGCGUGGUGAUGACGUCAUCUGCGUUUCGGAGUUGAAAUUAGGCUUCAUUGCACAAAGUUGUUUGGCUCCGGGCUUUUCGACGAUGAUGGCAAAUUUAUUUGCUAUGCGCUCUUACAAAACGUCUCCAGACAUGGCUUCUUGGCAGAACGACUACAUGUGUGGAACAGGCAUGGAAAUGUACACUGAGAAUCUUUCGUCAUCUUUCUCUGGUAUGAGUUUCCCUCAAGCUGCUGAGUUGUGUUUUGUGACUUUAAAACUUCUGCUUCUGGCUAUCGAAUUACCCACCGAAGAUGGAUCAUGUUACAAGAUUAGAAUUAAUCCAAAGAAGAAGGUCAAGAUUAAACCCAACACCCAGGGAUUCUUUAUAGCACAGUCAGCUGAUGAAGUUAAAAGGGCAUGGUACUACUGUAAAAACUGCCACGAAGACAUUAAGGAUGAAAAGCUGAUCAAGAAAUGCAAAUGUAAAAAUUUGGCUCUAUUUCGAAAAGGAGUACGGGCCGUCCAGGUCGUUGGUAGAGCAAGAAUGCCUUUGAACAUUAAAUCAUCAGCUAGCAAACUACAUUCUCAAGCUGCAAUCAAAAGACAGAGUGUCAUACCUCGCCAACGUCAUUUAAAGCAAUUCCCAAACCCUUCACCGAACACCACUGUUAACAUUGCAACAUCACCGAGUCGUCGCCCUGGCAAAGAGGCUCAUACAAGUCACGUGCCUUCCACCCAGCAGCCUUCUCGGACGGCCGCGCCAGACUUGUACUCGGGUUUGCAUCUAGCGUACGAAGUAAAAAAGCUCAUGCCUACUAGCCGUCUCAGCAGUGGUAAUGGCGCCAAUAACUCUACUACAGAUAGGCCUUUUCCAGUCGGUUUAGCUGACGAUCAGUCUGGAGACCUCAGCUUCGACAAAACAGAGAUGAAGUACGAUUCUACUGGCAUGUUUCAUUGGUGCACGGCACGCCCAAUAGAAGAAUGUAUUUUGGAUCGUAAUCAAGCAGCAAUGACAGUUUUAAAUGGUCACGUGGUUGUCUGUCUUUUUGCGGAUUCCGACUCACCUUUGAUUGGACUCAGAAAUUUGGUAAUGCCGCUACGUGCCAGUAACUUUCAUUACCAUGAGUUGAAACACGUAGUGAUUGUAGGAAGUAUGGAAUAUCUGAGACGGGAAUGGAAAAUGCUUCAAAAUCUCCCCAAAAUCUCCGUAUUAAACGGGUCGCCUCUUAGCCGAGCAGACCUUCGAGCAGUAAACAUUAACCUGUGUGACAUGUGUGUUAUUUUAUCGGCUAAGAUACCCAGUAGCGACGAUCCUACUUUAGCUGAUAAGGAGGCGAUCCUUGCUUCUCUCAAUAUCAAGGCAAUGACUUUUGAUGAUACGAUCGGAGUGCUAACAAACAACCUAGGAAGUCAAGAAGGAAACUCUCCGUUUGGUAGCCCCAUUACUCUCCAGAGAAAAGGAUCAGUUUAUGGAUCCAAUGUUCCACUCAUCACAGAACUAGUGAAUGACUCUAAUGUUCAGUUUCUGGACCAAGACGAUGAUGAUGACCCUGAUACGGAACUCUAUUUAACACAACCAUUUGCCUGUGGUACGGCUUUUGCUGUUAGCGUCUUGGAUUCACUGAUGAGUACAACGUACUUCAAUGCAAAUGCCCUGACGUUAAUACGUUCUUUAAUUACUGGUGGAGCAACUCCCGAAUUAGAGCUAAUUUUGGCAGAGGGCGCUGGUUUAAGAGGAGGUUACACCACAGCAGACAUCUUGGCGAAUAGGGAUCGUUGUAGGGUUGGGCAAAUAUCGUUGUAUGAUGGUCCUUUAGCUCAUUUUGGGGAGGGAGGAAAGUACGGAGACCUUUUUAUAGCUGCGUUAAAAAAUUAUGGCAUGCUUUGUAUUGGCCUUUAUCGAUUUCGUGACACCAGCUCCUCCUGUGAGGCAUCUUCUAAACGUUUCGCCAUCACCAAUCCACCAAGUGAAUUUAUUCUUUUACCAUCUGAUGUGGUCUACGUGCUUCUCCAGUUCGACCCCGGUAUGGAGUACAAACCUAACAGAGGCGAAGAACCCAAGGAUGAGCAUUCCUGACUCUUGUUUUGUAGCGCCUUGACAGACGGGCCUUACUCCUUUGUCUGACCUGUAAACCUAAAGACUCACACGUUGGAUUAAGAAGUUCGAAUGUAGUUAUUCCUUUCAAUAAUGAUACAUGAAUUUUCUCUAAAUUUUACAAGGAAGAAGAUUUUAAACUUAAAUUGAAUCGUGUGGAUCUUAAGAGAUCUUUUAAAACACAAUUAAAAAUAUACGCCAGGCGCACCAUAUGUACAAAAUAUUAUGUUCUAUACUUGAUUUAUUAUACAUGUAUAUAUAUAUGUGUGUGUGUGCUGUGAUGCACCAUGGAAAACUUUGGACCUUUCCCUUUGUAAAGUUUGACACGAGCUUGUAAAUUUGUACCCUAUAUUUUUCACGUCCUUUUUUUAAACACUGCGAGUCUUAAUCACUAAACGAUGCCUUCAACAACUUCACGCAUGUGAACUUCACUGUCUCCUUAUUUCUUCUUCACGCAUGUGAACUUCACUGUUUCUUAUUUCUUCUUCACGCAUGUGAACUUCACUGUCUCCUUAUUUCUACUUCACGCAUGUGAACUUCACUGUCUCCUUAUUUCUUCUUCACGCAUGUGAACUUCACUGUUUCCUUAUUUCUUCUUCACGCAUGUGAACUUCACUGUUUCCUUAUUUCUUCUUCACGCGUGUGAACUUCACUGUUUCCUUAUUUCUUCUUCACGCGUGUGAACUUCACUGUUUCCUUAUUUCUUCUUCACGCGUGUGAACUUCACUGUUUCAUUAUUUCUUCUCCGCCAACGCACAUAUCCUUUUGUGUACUUUUCUGUUUAGCUUGAUUACUUAAUACUUAAUUUGAUUUAAAAUAGUCGAAUACAAAGGGUAAGAAGUCACAUCUUCAGAUUGAUUGCCUGCUUGAAAUUAUUUCUGUCAAACGCACUUGGUAAGUGAUAGUAAAAAUAUUCUGAAAUUAUUCAAAUGAUGAAAAAAAUGAAAGAUGAAAAAAAAAAGAAGCUAGUAAGUGGAAUUAACUAUACUUAUUUAAAAACACCAUAAUAAAAAUCACAAAUCUGAAGGAUUAAAUGCCAAGGCCGCUACGAGGACUAUAUCCAAUGACACUUAUUUAAUUAAGAAUAGUGCCGUACGUGUAAGUACACUGAAGGUGCUGAAUCACGUUUACCUGAUGUCAUAAUUAAACUCGACGUUGAAGCAACUAGCGUGAUAGAACAACCACAUUCAGACAUCGUUAAAUAAUUCUAAGAUCACUUCUCAAGAAAGAACGUUUUAUGCAUAUUGUUCCCGAUUAAGGAUAACAGCUCGUCAUAUAAAUGAGGAGAUGGCUUGUUUUUUUUUUAGGACAACAGUAAGCCUUAAGUUCGGUAAUAGUAUUUACUAGUCAUCGAAGCUAGCCCUAAAUUUCAGAUCGUUUAUUCACUUUCGUUUGUUUUAUUCGCGUGAAAUUAUAGAACGUUUAGAUCGUGGACGUUUGAAUAAAUUAUGUUAACGUUUUUCUUUCUUAGUGGUUUAUAGAUAUGACGAGUUUUUAUUCUUUUCUCACCUCCAUUUCUCUCAUAUAAUUGCACGUGUCACGUGCUUUGUAUUACUGCGUGAAAAAAAAGUUUAGUAACACAUUAGUCCAAAAUUGAGGUAAAUGUUUUUCAUUACUAAUGCAAUAAAAGUAUCAACUUUUUAACAGAGGUUUGUAUGAUUCUACUUAGAUCACUGAAACGAUCAUGAUACUUUGCGUUUUCCAUAGAGAACAAAAUCGCUAUAGAUAUGUUCCCAGAAUGAGGAGGAUUUCUAACUAAGUGCUCAACUUACAACUUGGAUGUAAUCAUUUUCCUCUGUCUCCUCGAGUUUGUCCAUAGGCUUUUUUACAUCUGCCCUUGCUGACUUAAUCGUUUAGUAUUAGUGUAUAUUGUUUUGAUAUACUGGACGGAGUAUAUCCUCAUAUGGUUCUCUGAACACAUAAAACACAGUUAUCGAAAUUAUUGUGUUUAAAAAAAAUACAGAAAACUCACCCAACUUACGCAGUUGGAAUCUGUGAUUAAUUUUCUUUGCACAAAUUUGAGCUUAAUGAAAUUUGCUUAACACAAGUAAUAACGUUAAAAGGUUCUAACAAUUAAUUUUCUACAGAUUACCAAGUAAGUUAUUUAAUAUCUUAAUUUUACAUUCCAUGAGCUAAUUCAAGCUUAAUUGAAAACAUGCUUAUUGUAAGGUAUUAUGAGAUUGUUUUUAUUGAAUUUCGUGCAAAGCCUUCUGCGCUAGCAGUCCCUAAUUCUAAAGUGUAUUAGACUAGAGCACCAUUCGACAUCAGCUCUUGACCUACUCUUUACCAGCGAACAGUGAGAUUAAUCGUAAUUAUAUCGCCAUCACGGCUGAAAGGGCGAGCAUGUUCGGUGACGGGGCUCGAUCCUGCCACCUGUAAGUUGCGAGUCGAGCACCCUAACCACCAUGCCGGUAUCAUAAAGCGAUAAAACUUCUGAGCCGUUUAGGUAAUGUAUUUCUUGUAUUGAGAAAGGUAAAACUGGUUUUUGUACUAAAUAGGACUUUCGUGAAACGGAGAUGGACUUGAUAGUAUGUUGAGAAUAAUAUUUAUAUAUUUAAUCAUACGGCAAUAUAUUCUUUUAACCCCCCCCUUUUUGUAAAAGAAAUAUAUGUAUAUAUACUGUUACUUUUUCAUGUUUCUCUUAUAACAUAUGUUUAUUAAGACUUUCCAAUGUUAGGAUCACCAAGUGGGGGGGGGGGCUUUUUGGUCCAAAGUGAAACUUAUUUCAUGUGUAACUUUAGUGGCCAGAGACGAGAGCAAAAUUUUCGAAAUAUGUAAUGGUUUCUUUAUUAUCAAAUAAACAUUUCUAGUAAAUUUCCUCUGAUAAGUAUGGAAAUGAUAUUUCCGCAUGUAUGCACAGUGUUACAAAAGCAAUCAUAUAAUGAGUGUCCAUCAACAUAGAAAUGGGAAAAAAUAAAUGUUAAUAGCCGAGCGAAAUAUUGGUGGUAGUGGUGGGGUCUUUCGCCUCCCC